AAGAUGGAAUACGGCAAAAAUAAUGCUGCUGACUCCAGGGAUACUAAUAAUCCCUAUGAUUUCAAAGGGGUUGAGGCUAAACCUCCCCCAUCCUCAUACAACAAUAGAAAUGUGAUAAGUAGGCAGAAACAGACAGCCAUGGGUACCGCCAUGAGACUUGGAACAGGAGCUCAGAGACUCGGUACUGCUAUGAAAUCUGCCAAGGGUGCUGGAUUUAAAUCAAAAGAGAAAUUCGACCCUCUUGAAGGAAAAGGACCAGCUCAAGCACUUGAAAAGAACAAGGAUAAAUCUGAAGAAGAAAACUUCAAAGAGCUCGAGGUUGAGGUUCACACUUUACUAGAACAAAGUGCUGAAGCUAAGAUCAAGAAGAACUUUACUGAUGCACUCGCUAAGGCUAAGGAAGCUGCUAACAAGGAGAAGAAAAUCAGGCAAAUCCGAGAAUCCACCGGAAAUCUAGACCAGGUGAACAUCGAUCUGACCUUCUAUGUGUUCUAUAACUUAGCCAAUAUGUAUCAUGCUAACCAGAUGUACCAAGAAGCUUUGAAUAGUUACACUAUCAUUGUGAAGAACAAACAGUAUCCUCAAGCAUCUCGUCUGAGAGUCAACAUGGGAAAUAUUUACUUUGAGCAAAAGAAAUAUCCAUUGGCCAUCAAGAUGUACAACAUGGCUUGGGAUUCAGCCAUGCCUCAGAACAAGGAGAUGAGAAUGGAGAUCAAGAAGAACAUUGGUCUCUGUUAUCUUAAGCUAGGUGCUUAUGGCAGAGCCAUAGAGACCUAUGAAGAUAUAAUGAACGACACUGCUGAUUUUAGUGUCGCAUUCAAUCUCAUCGUUUGUAUCUACGCUCUUGGAGACGCCACUAAGAUGAAGAGCUGGUUCGAGAGAAUGCUGAUGAUAGACCUUCCUGGGAGUGAAGAAGAAGAGACUGAAGAGAUCCUAGCUCUUCAGAACAAGAAUAAGGAUGAAGAUGCUCCUGAUAUCAAGGAUCCACUCAAAGAAUACUUGAAGGAGAAAAAGAAGGAAGCUGUCAAGUACAUUACCAAUGCUGCUAAACUCAUCGCACCAGUAAUUGAGGAGGAAGUCGUCCAAGGUUACGACUGGGUAGUUGAAAUGCUCAGAACUGCCAACCUUCAAGAAGUCGAGAGUGAGAUUGAAAUCGCUAAAGCUGUCUAUUUCAUUAAGAACAAAGAUAUUGAAAAAGCUAUCGAGCUAUUCAAAAGCUUCGAGAAAAAGGAUAAGAUCAUGAUGGCAAGAGCUGCCAACAACAUUUCUUUCCUUUAUUUCUUGGAGAAUGAUUUCUCCAAUGCAGAAAAAUUCUCAGAUAUGGCUAUCCAGAACGACAGAUAUAAUUCUAAAGCUCUGGUCAAUAAGGGAAACUGUCUUUUCACUGAUGAAGAAUAUGACAAAGCCAAGGAGUUCUUCCUAGAGGCCAUUGGUGUUGAAGCUGAUUGUGUAGAGGCUAUUUAUAACCUUGGACUGGUCUAUAAGACCCUUGGAUACUAUAACGAAGCAUUACAAGCUUUUGAAAAGCUGCAUUCUAUCGUUCCUAACAGUGAAGAAGUUAUUUAUCAACUCGGUCACAUCAAUGAGUUGAUUGGACUCAGAAGACAAGCUUUGAAGUGGUAUUUGAUUCUAAUCACCAAAGUUCCAACCGACUCUGAGAUUCUGUCCAAGAUGGGCUUCCUUUAUCAGCUAGAAGGAGAUGAGUACCAAGCCUUACACUACUACCAAGAAAGUUAUAGAUAUAAUCCUUCGAAAAUUGACACUCUUUCAUGGUUGGCUAUUCACCAUGUUAAGCAAGAGAAUUAUGAGAAGGCAAUUGAGUUGUUCAACAAAGCAACUCUUAUCGAGCCAAAAGAAGUCAAAUGGAAGCUCAUGGUUGCAUCAUGUUACAGAAGGAUGAACCUCUUCCAACAGGCGCUGGAGCAUUACGAGUCUGUUCAUGAUACCAACCCUGAGAAUAUCGAAUGAUUGCGAUACCUUGUUGCAAUCAGCAAAGAUCUCGGCAAGAAGGAAUACUACGAAUAUUCUAAGAAAUUGGGUAAACUUGAGAGAACUCAGGACAUGAACAAUCCUGGAGGAAUGAUGCCAACUCAGGGAGGAGAGCUCGAGAAUAACAUGGCACAGUACAAUAAUCCUGGAGGCCAGCCAGGAUAUGGUGGUGCUGGAGGAGGAUCUGAUACUUACAAUCAACAACAACAACAAAUCCCAAUGCAACAGCCAGAAAAAAGAUACAUCCAGCAAAAGGAUGACAAUGAUGAUGACUGGGGAGAUGAUGUCGAUGUGGACGGUUUACUCAAAUAAAUAUAAUAUUU